CGGCGGCGGCGACGGCGGCGGCCGCGAAGAGAGCGCGAUUGCAUAUUGCAAAUGGCUGCGAGUCGUUGUUGCAGGUUAUCGCCAAGGGGCUAGACGCGCUGCUGUUGAAGCGAGAGCGCGCUACAAGUAUUUCUCGGCGCCAAGUACCCGACCGAUUCAAGGCGAGGAGCUCGUUAUACGGAGCGGAGAAACCUAAUCGGCAUCAGCGGGAGAAGAAGGAGGCGCGGGAUGCGCGGGUCGGGCUACGAGGAAGAGUAGCCGCGCGCGCGCGCGCGAGUUGAGUGCAUAAGCGACCGCGGUGUUGUUUUCGUGAAGUCAGCGCGUUCGCAGCUAGCCGCUGCAGCCGGCUUGUCUUGUUGCGACGUGCUGGGACAAGGACUGGCGCCUCCGGUUGUCGCCCGCGAGACUUCUCCAAGUGCGGCUGUCUAUUCGCGUUUGUGCGUGCGUGACUAAUUGAGUCUGAGCUGGAGCGCCUCGCGCCCCCGAGUGUAUGAUAGGCUGGCGUCCACGGGCAGAAUGUCGGGCUACCGCCGGGUCAACUACUACGAGCUCUGCCGGCUCUGCACCAGCAGCGAGGGCACCAAGAUGAACAUCUUCCUCGAGGAGGGUCGCAGGAGACAGCUCCAGACCAAGAUACAGACGUAUCUGCCGGUUCAGGUGCUGGAGGAAGAUUCGCUGCCAAAAAUUGUCUGCCUUGAAUGUGUGCGUAAGUUGGAGAGCUACAUUGAGUUCCGAGAUGCCGUAGUGAAUGCUGAAGGCAUGUUGGAAUCCUACUUCACCUCUCUGCGAUUCUCGGAAGACUUUCUGAAAGAAGGCAAAGUGUACGUCAAGACUACUAAGAUAGAGGAGAAGCCAGUCAUUGCUGAGGAGCAGCGUCAAGAAGAAGAUCCUCUUAGUGUUGUAGAAAAAAUAGUUCCCACAACUACAACCACUCAAAUUAUAACGGAUCAAACUCAAUCGCAUCCACAGCAAGUGUUGGUCAGCAAUAUAAAUGCAUCCAAUUUACAAAUAAUUAGUGGGGUUCAGGCUCGAGUGCAACAAUAUAAAUGUGCAAUGCAGAUGCAAUCUGGAAAUGUUGCAGCAGCUGUUGUUGAAGCAACAGCAGAAACUCAUUAUAGCUAUCAGCAACAGACAUCGCAGCAGAUGACACAGCAGCAAAAUCAAACUCAGAAUCAAAUAGUGGAACAGCAGCAGCAACCACAACCUCAAACAGCACAAAUUCAAGUGCAAAACCAAAUACAGAGCCAAAAUCAAAUUUCACAGCAACAGGUACAAACGUUAAGACAGAUGUCUCAGCAGCCAUCAAAUCAAGCUAGUCAAGUAACUCAACAGCAGCAACAGCAGCAAACUCAUGUGAGUCAGGAGCAACAAAACCAAACUCAAAUAACUCAGCAACUGCAACAACAAAUACAGAGACAACAGCGUGAACAGUUUGAAAAGCAAAGACACUUGCAACAUAUAGAGAAGCAGCAUCAACAGCAACAGCAACAGCAGCAGCAACAACAACAGCAGCAGCAGCAUCAACAACAGCAGCAGCAUCAGCAGCAGCAGCAACAACAGCAGCAACAACAGCAGCAGCAACAGCAACAACAGCAGCAACAUCAAGAGGUCCUACGAAGCAAUAUAAUUUUAAAAACCGAGGACGUGAAUGAGCAACAAGCUUUGCAAGCUGAUCCGCAGAAGAACGAAGUAGUAGUUGUGAAUCAGCAAAAUCAACAAAGUCAACAAACGUUUACGACGGUCCAGGCAUCGCCUGAAGUAUUUUUGAGUUUGGGUUUCAAGGAUGCCUUGACAGCGCAAGUUACACGGGAUGAUGCAAAGGAAUUAAAAGAUUUUGUGAAAAGUCCAGAGGAUGCGUUAUCGCGCACCUCUAUAAGCCAUAUUUCGGAGUUCCUGAGAAUCCGUUCGGGACCCGAGCAGCCCUCGCCAUUAGUCACUGUGAAUCCCCAAGCGAUAUCGCAGGCGCCACAGCGGCAAUAUGCUUGUCGAGAAUGCGGCAAGACAUUUAACUCUAUGAAUCAAAUGAAUGGUCACGAUUGCACGACAGCUCUGUUAAAUGAGGUGACAGAGAUGAGCGGCAAUGGUGGUACGGGCAGCGGUGGAAAUGGUACAGGUACCGGUAACGGAGAGAAAGAAGAGAACCCUUUGCAAAUAGUUAUUGGUAGUCCGUUUAGCUGCGAUGUUUGCAGUAAGGGCUUCAAACGAAAAGAACAUCUCUUCCAGCAUCGCAAGCUCCAUACGGGUGAGCGGCCGUAUGUCUGUACGACCUGUGCCAAAGCCUUCAGCCGAAAAGAGCAUCUGGUGCGUCACCUUGUCUCGCACACUGGUCAAAAAAUGCACGAAUGCGAAGUCUGCGGUAAGAGUUUUUCGCGCAAAGAUAACCUGCACAAGCAUCGUAAAACCCAUGGGAUGUCGGGUCCCUACAUAUGCGAGACUUGUGGAAAGUCCUUCGUCGUCAAACAUUAUUAUCUCAUGCAUUUAACGACCCACGCACCCGCUGUUUCUGAUGGAAUCAAUUGCAUACAAGAUCCGCUACCUUACAAGUGCGAUAUUUGCCACAAAGCUUUCUCCGUCAAGCAGUAUCUCACCACGCACAAACUCAGACACAGAUCGAAGAGCAAUAACUCGGCCCAUGCCCAGACCAACAACGCCAUGAACGGACAGCAGCAGCAGCAGCAGCAACAACAGCAGCAGCAACAGCAACAGGUACAACAAGCGACAUCAAGCAACGAAUUGACGGUUACGAGGGACAUUACCACUGCUAGUAUGAGCAAUGGUACGGGACACGCCGGCAAUGGUUCGGUAAUAGAGAUUCAGGGCGUCGUUGACAGGACAGAACAGCAGCAGAAUGAUGCCUUUGCCAGUAGUCAUUAUCAGAACAAUGUCGCACAGUUUCAAUGAGAUAAGGGGAAGCGUGUCUAUUACGUUCUCUUGCCGAACGGAAACAAUCACAAGAUCGUCGUCGUUUAAGACAAGAGAAAUGUGGACACGCUUCGGGAUUUCUCGAUCAUGGGCUCUGAAUCUCUGGUAUAGUGCUUUCGUUUAUCUAACAUCACACGCAUCAUUUUUUUUUAUCCUUUUUUUAGAUCCCUUGAUAAGUUUUUUUUUACCUUUAAAACCAGUAAAAUAUUAUGCGUAGAAUUAUGCAAACAAGUUAUUAUUUUUAUAUAUAUUUUAGCAUUGUGUAAGAAAUUUAUACAAGAAUCGUUCUUUAAAACUCAUGAAUUAAAAAUUAUGGCCGUAUUCCGUAAUUAUCUCAAAUACCGCGGAAGCUCCGAAAUAUCGCUUUGUUUGUAGAGAAAUAAUCACAUUACGGAGUAGUCCAACAAUUUUAGAAAAUAUGUAUGAUCUGGUCAUGAAUUUUUCUUUUAUAAGUGACCUCUUUAUAAUAAGUAUUUUUUAUGGCAACUUAGCUAUAUGAAGGUAAAAAUCUUGCAUGAAAUUUGAAAUUUUUUCAACUCAACUGAUAUUUACAAGAAAGAGGAAUGUUCGUCAAUAUAUAUUUAUAUAUAUACAUAUAUUUUUUUUGUGUAAAAGAAAUCAAAACUUUGACAUGCAUCUCCAGACAUUUAUUUGUUUUGAACGUUUUUUAAUAAUCUAUUUUAAGAUUUUUUUUUAACGAAUCGGAGUUUAUUUUGGAUAAAGAAUUUCUUUUGCUAAAAUAACUUAGAGGCUACAUACCAUACAUUUCAAUAACAAAGGCCUAUGGGAUCAAACUAAUACAAUUGCUAGACUUAAUUUCUAGAUACGAAAAAGCAGUUACGAAUCUGUAUUGAAAUUCGUAUCAGGUAACGAUGUUGCUCUCCUUUUUGUUGAAAAGGAAAAUCUUUCAAAUUUACAAUCUGAACUAAAAGAAAAUUUAAAGUACCGAAAUUACUAUACCCAGAUUUAAAAUUUCUUGUACCUACAAAAGGACAUAUGUAAUUGAAUAUUCUAUAUAUCUAGAAAAGAAACAUAUAACUUUCUAGACUAAACGAUGAGAAAUACAUUCAUAAAUUGUCGAUUUUUAGUGUCUUAAGGGAAUUCUAUACAUAUAAAAGAGUAAUAUAUUUUAACAAAUCUGUAUUAUAAACAAGUGUUAUAAAACAGGAUAAAUUGAUAUUUCCUGGAGUAAAUAGGAAACGUUUUAUCUGAAACCGGUGACAGACAUAUUGCUUUAUGGAUUUAACCAAUCAGAUGCAAAAGCUUUAUACCAAGAAUUCAUAACAAAAGUAAAAACUGUACAUUUUUUACAGAAAUAUACAUUGUAAACAUAAACUAAAUAGAAAUUUUAAUACAGAAAAGUUGUAAGAUAUAAAAGAGUAACAUUUUAUUUAGCCUAGCUUGAUGAGAAUCUUGGUAUAAACAUUUGUGCAUCGUUAUAUCUUAUAGUAAACAGUUUUUAGUUUGUAAAACUAAAAACUCGAGUUAUAGCUGGUGCUAUAUCAUGUUGUAAAAUAUUUUUCCAGUAUGCAUACGCGGAACGAUACGCUCCACAAUUUUGCAUUUUGAGUGAAAUUACACAUGAUUUGUAUUGAUCCUUGUAAAACUUUAAGUAAAUCUCUUAAGAUUAAAUCCAAUUCAUCAUUAACAUAAAUUUAUUGUUUACACGUAAAGUUCAGGGAGAUGCCAAACGCAUGUAUACUAACUUUCACAGAUUAAAACAUAAGAUAAAAUUAGAUCCAAGAGUCUGUAGUGAAAAUGUGUAUUACCGUGUACCAAGUUUGAUAGAGAAAACAAAAUAAUGUACUCAUUGAACAGAAAUUUUUGUAAAACUACGAAAAAUUAACGUACUGAAAUGGCUUGCUUGUGAGUUUCAAUAUUCUUCAAAUUCGAAAAAUUCCUUUCUAUUGCAAUACAUGAAAGCUUACAUUUGGCGGUAUAAAUCUUUAUAAAUUAGCGAUAAAAGAAUAUUUCGAUAGUUUUGAAAACGUCUAGAUGUAAGGGAUAGUAUAAGAAAGAAAAAAAAAUAUCAAGAUGCGUCACUUUUGCAAAUACAUAUUAAAAGUUAUUAAAGAUAUUGAAAACCACAAGCUUCAUGCAUUACAAAAGCACUGAUUUUGGUAAGAGAAAACUUUGGCUUGAAACGGCUUUUUCUCUAGUAUAUACCUACGUACACAAGUGUGCAAUUCUGCACUUAUGCUACACUCAUUAGAAUCAAUGGGUUUAACAAUGAUAGAUAUCAUUUAUUCAGUUUUAUCGACGGUAUUUCCUUUAUAAUAAAAAAGGAACGAUUAUUUGCAUUAACCAUUGCGUGACUUAGAUACAUUAAGAUACAUAUAACAUGCGUAUAAUUAAGAAAAGUACGAUCUGUCUAUUCAAAGUGAAUUUGAUUUCAUGCCAUCGAUUUUUUUAUUGACUUUAGUGAUUCACUUAAAAUAUAUGUAGUAUGAAUCUUAUUGAGCAAACGUUUAAAACGAGUAAGUGUUACUGUAAGUGUCCAUAGACUUUGCUAAGAUCAAAAGAUGUCGCGAUUCACAAAUAAUAUGUAUUUAAUCAUUUACGUUUCUACUAAGUGCAAACAAAAUUGUAUUACUAUUUUUUAAAAUAACGAUGCAUGUAUUUUCGUUUAUUGCUUUUUAUAUUAUUUUGCGCUCUUAACUUUUGUAUACGUUUUUUAGUGUAAUCUUUUAAUUAAGCAUACGCAAAUACGAUAACUACAUAGUUGAUUAAUUAAAAUUAUAAUCUUCAAAGCUAAAAAUGUAAUUUCUAGCUUGAUGAUAUACAGAGGUAAUUUACGAUAUUAAAGAGAACAAUUCUAAAUGAACGAAAUAUAUGAGAGCAUUGAAAGAAUCACUUUUUCAAUCGCAUUCUGCGAAAUGAAUGCAAGAAAAACGGUAUCAUGUUCCCUGCGUUAAAAAAGUGACAAAAAACAGAAAAAUUUUAUUUUUUACAAUAAUUCGUAAUUAUUGUAUUCACGCAUAGCCUAUUCAAUUUAUACCUUGGGUUAUAAACUUCUGCAUUCGUAGACGCGACUGAUUAACGUUUACAUUCAUAUUGAUUCUUAAACGGUAAAGCGCUUUUCAAAAAUUAAAAUUUCGAAAUCUGAUAGAAAAAUUUUCAUCCUUUUGGCUAUGACCGGCGAUAACCGUUUGAAAAUCAAAGGAAUCUUCAAAAUUAAGAGUAAAGAAAAUGAAAAGAGUAGAGUUAAAUUUGCAUAUUUGUGUAAAUUAUUAUAAGACCAAAGAUUAAAAUAUACUGUGUAAUAUAUUGUAGUCAUUAAAUAGAGAAAUAGAUCUAAUUCCA